CUCUCUUCUUCUCGUACGCUUACAUCUUGCAAGGAUAUCCUCUAUCUCACCUUCUCGACUUGCUCGACCGCCGUGCUGCAACAUCCCUUCGCCCUGGCGUUGCAGAGUUUAUUUCAUACAGGCACCAUGGCUGCUCUGAGAAGUGCAUUCAAGACCGCCGGCGUCACGGCAAACGCCGCUGCUUCCGUCCUCCGCCCUGCCGCACCGCAAGUCCUGCGCCCAGCCAGCACACUCGCAGCCGCACGUUCAUCUCGGCCUGCAACCACAAAAUAUGGCGGCGUCUCCGUGGUCACGCUGUGCCCCGGUGACGGUAUCGGCGUCGAGCUGACCGACUCGGUCAAGGAGAUCUUCGAGUCGCUCAAUGUCCCGGUCGAGUGGGAGGAGUUCAAUGUCAGCGGAGAGACACACGGCAGCGAGGCGCUCUUCAAGGAGGCCAUGGAGUCGUUGCGAAGGAACAAGGUUGGCUUGAAGGGCAUCUUCUUCACACCUAUCGAGACUGGCUCACACAACUCAUGGAACGUCGCCAUGCGCCAGCAGCUCGACAUCUACGCGUCGCUCGUCAUCUGCAAGACCCUGCCGGGCUACCCGACAAGGCAUAAGGACGUCGACUUUGCCAUCAUCCGCGAGAACACGGAAGGCGAGUACUCGGGUCUCGAGCACCAAUCCUACCCAGGCGUCGUUGAGUCGCUCAAGGUAUCGACAAAAGCCAAGGCGGAACGGAUCACGCGCUUCGCGUUCGACUUUGCGCUGAAGAACGGCAGGAAGAAGGUGACAUGCGUGCACAAGGCCAACAUCAUGAAGCUUGGCGACGGCCUCUUCCUCAACACCUUCCGCGAGGUCGCAAAGGAGUACGAGAGCAGCGGGAUUGCGAGCAACGACAUGAUUGUUGACAACACGUCCAUGCAGCUCGUCUCCAAGCCGCAGCAGUUCGACGUUAUGGUCAUGCCCAACCUUUACGGCAACAUCGUCUCAAACAUCGGCGCCGCGCUCGUCGGUGGCCCCGGUAUCGUUCCUGGCUGCAACAUCGGCCGCGAGUACGCCCUGUACGAGCCGGGAUGCCGCCACGUCGCCAAGGACAUCAUGGGAACUGGCAAGGCCAACCCGGCCGCCAUGAUCCUCUCCUCCACCAUGAUGCUCAGGCACCUCGGCCUUGACACACAGGCCAACCAGAUCGCAGAGAGCGUCUACAAGGUCAUCCAGGAGGGUAAGGUCCGCACCGCAGAUAUGGGCGGCAACGCCAAGACACAGGACUUCACCGCCGCCGUCAUCUCGCACCUCUGAGCAUGGCACGACCAAAAAUCUGGAAGUCCAUUCACCUGCGCUCGCCUGAUCUUCUGGCUCUGAACGUCUAGCGUUAGCCUUGCGCAUCGCAAGACCACCACCUAGCAUUGGCGAUUGCCGCAUCGUUGAUGACGGCUCGUUCAUAUUUUUGCAUGUAGAUACACUCUAGAACCACAUUGACACGGAGAAACUCUACUUGUAAAGAUGAAAUAGCGACAAUG